AUGGAAGUGGGAGACUCGCGCUUUGAUCGGGUCGACUACAGAUAUGAUUGCAUUUUGAAGCUAAUCUUGGCUAGUCUUGAGGAUUUAGUUUGUUACAGAAAGUCUGAAACCAGUGAAGAUUCAACCGACUACCCUCGCCUAGAAACUAUCCGCCAAGAGAUACUUCGCCUAGAGGCACAGCGCCAGGAAAGGACCAUCAUAAUUGCAGAUGAAUGCGACGACGAGUGUGAUGAUGAGCUCUGCAUUGAACUCCGCAAGCCGGACACAGAAGCAGCAUGCAAGGAGCUUAUUAAUUCACUGAAGGCAUUGUCACGGAUAGUGAAGGACGAUUCAGAGCAACCCAGCCCCGAAGAGUUUCGCACAACAAGGAAAAUCAGGCCGUCAAUGGCUCUCUUCUUGCACACUCUCUUCUCCACCAUCUCAGAGGCAUGGCGCUGUGCUUGCAUGCCUAAUCAUCAGGCGGCUCUGCUCCUCUUCGGCAACCGUGCCCUUGGAACUGUUGAUUAUCCCGUCACCUUUACGGUGCUCUUGAGUGAUGGAGAGCCGCGCUCACCAACCAAACGAUGGAAAGAGGCGGCAAUAACCGUAGCCGAUCCUUCAGAGAGGGUUAAUGUCAACCCGCGUCCAAGAGUUCGAUUUAAUUCGCAAUCUACAACCAGUAAUGUUGGGAGCUCGACUCAGAUUAACAACCUUUGUCCCCUAAUUAAGACUAGCAAAGAUCGCCUCAACCUGAACGUCAGCGGUGCCUCAUUGUCAAUCCGAGCCGAAACGCAACGCAGACUUAUAAAUUAUGAAGACUGUGAGCCAGUCAGCUUCGUUGCCGGAAUCUUGGAAAACGAUGUGCUCUUCAACCAUGACGCAAAGUUAUGCCUUGCUCUGAUACUGUCCUGUGCGUUCGUCGAUUUCUGUGACGGACCUUGGUUUGCAGAUGGGUGGACGAAGACGAACCUUUAUUUUAUGCAACGCGGUGAUCGAUUGUUUCUUCAACCAUUUCUGGUCACAAACAUGGCUGGAAACCGAAACAGACAAAACCCUCAUUUGACGCCAUCGAUGUCGACUAGGUCAAAGAAGCUGUUACAACAUGGAAUUCUGCUGAUGGAGAUAUUCCAGCAAGAUUCCUUUCAACAUUUCAUCGGAGACGACAGAAAAGUCCACAGUUUGGAGGAUUUGGCCUACGAUUGGUUUCGCUCCAUUGACUGGGAUGUUUGCGAACGACUCGUCCAGAUUGUAGAAACGUGUAUCCGGGGCGAACUUAUCGAUAUAUGUUCACAACCCAAUGAGAUCUCGGACCAGGAGUUUAUGCGAUUGUUUUGGGAAAAGAUACUGGAACCCUUACAUGUAGAUUUUGCAGUAUUCCAUGGGAGGGAAGAUCCGGAUCAGGUUAUUUCCAAACUCUCGCUUCCUGGGGUUGAAAUGAAGAGCCCGGUUGCGGCUACAGCCAAAACAACCGAGUUGAAGUCCGCCAUACGUAAAGGUCCAAUCUACAAGUUGCGAACAUUACCACCGCUCUUGAAUCCUCGUGCGAGUCACAUGUUGCGAACUCCGUCUCCGUCUCCCCUCAAUCACUCAAAAUUGAGGUUCUUUUUUGAUGUGGUGGACUGCCCAGAUCCGCAGCAAGCGAGAAAUGCAUUACAGUGGUUCAAGAGGGUCGAUGAGGAGGUAAUCCGGGAAAGGACGAAACGGCCGAAGGAAAAAGUGGCCGGAGAAAGGGGACGUAAAUUUCUUCCUUCUCCGGGUCGGCAAGUCAGAAUUGCUGUUUUGGACACUGGCAUCGAUUUGCAAAACACUUGGAUUGAUGGGGAAUCCCGCCGGAUCAGGUGUUGGCCAGCCGGUGAAGAUCACAAAGAUAAUGACGGCCAUGGAACUCAUGUUGCAUAUUUGCUUCUUCGCCUGGCUCCCAAUGCACUUCUCCGUGUCUGUAAAGUGAGCAAUACAACUCUGCUAAAAGAUGCUAAAGUCGAUCAAAUCACAAAGGCAAUAACGCACUUUUCCACGGGCGAGGCACGCGUGGACAUCAUCAACCUGUCCUUCGGCUUCGCCGAAUACACAAAAGAUCUAACUCCAGUGCUUGAAGCGAUUCGCACCGCUCGCAAGAACGGCGUCGUCGUCUUCGCCGCGGCUGGCAACGAUGGUGCCAACCAAGAUGUCUUUUGGCCGGCAGCCCUGUAUAGCGGCGGUGACGUUAUCUGCAUCAGCUCCUCCAACAGUUUUGGCGUUCAGUCUGGUUUCAACCCCGAAAUUGAGACUGGCCGGCGAAUUUGCACAUUGGGUGAAGGUGUCCCGUCCUGCCAGCCGGAUCUGUCUAACCCGCUGCAAGUUGUCCAUCGGAGCGGUACUUCGUUUGCAACACCUAUUGCGGCGGCGAUUGCGGCGGUUGUGUUGGCUGUAAUGGAUAACGCGGACUACAAUGGUUUUGAAGGAGAUAAAGAGACACUCUUACCGAGGCUUCGCACUGCGAGGGGGAUGGAAAGUGUACUCUGCAAGACAUGCGUGGCGAGGUCUGGAUCUAACAGCUCAGGGUUUUCAUACAUCGCGCCGUGGUUCUUUGUUGAUGUCGGCGACAAGAUUCUGGUUCCAAAGGUUCUCGACAUUCUUGGAAGCAUUCCAGAGUCGCCAUUUUCUUACUGA